GGACACUCGCUGGCCGCGCAACGAAACAUCAACAUCCUCCAGCCCCAUAGCAAGCCUGUAAAGGUAUGCCACGAUGGCUGGGUAGGCUGUCUCGGGCUUUCAACAGCAAAGUCCCAAAAGGGGCGACAACAAACUUGUGACAACUGUGGCAGACCGCCAAGCGAUCAGGGACCAGCCAACAGAAAGGGAAAGGAAAGCGCAGAGACCAGCAAAACAGCAAAACAGCGAGCGACAGACUCGACAGACACCGAUCAGUUACAGAGAUUCAGCGCCAACCCGCGGUUGGACCUCUCUACCAAUUUCAACCCAAAACUUGAUAUGAUCGGUGAUCUCCUCUUCCCGUCUUCCGCGAGUGGCGGAUUGCCUUCAAACCCGACCGAUAAAGCGAUGACACCAACCAUCAACUUUUCCCCAGACUUUGCCAGUCUCGAUUAG